AUUACAAGGAAUUCUAGUAUCCUAUAUACACGGUGUGUCGAUUAUAUCCACUGAAAAGGUCCUAAGUUACAGUAAUGGCAGUAAGUCCUUACUCAUAGAGUCGCAUUUGCGGACUUGUUCAGGAAUGUAAGUAGUGGCGUUGAUGUGGGCGGGCUAUCGAUCGGCGCGGGUAUGUGCGCACCCACAGCUGCCAGUAAACACAGGACACUAUCACAGUGAAGCAGUCGUAACGGAAUGAACUCGCUGGUGGUGCUGCUUGUGGCUGCAGCGGCGAUGUGCGCCAUAGCUCGCCCAUCCGGGCCGACGCCGCCGCCGACGUCGUUGCUACCGCAGCCAUCGUCCUACCGCAGACAUGUACCAUUGCCACCACGGACAUAUCUUGGCGAACUUAUUUAUCGGCAAUUUAUGUUACCACACUAUAUUGGCUACAAUGAGAGCCCUCGUGUACCGUCGCAACCAGAAACUGAUUGGCUCAACAAGGAAAUUGAUCGCAUUAAUCGAAUGCAAAACGAUGAAAGGGCUCCGACCACUUACGACGUAGAUGUAGCACACUGGGUCUCCCAAGAUCCUUACUUGCAACGCAUUUUCCACGGACCGGACAAGUCGCCCAGAAUACCAGACUAUGACCCGCGGUUUACCUCCUCUAACCCGGAGAAGUAUCAAUUGCUACCACCUCAAACACUGAUGAAUCCGAUUACUGAGAAACCUCAAAAAGAAAUAAAAAGAGACAAGGUGGAGUCUAAAGUGAAGGAGGAGAAAAAUGCUUUUGCACUUACACCUCUCGAUAAAGGUUAUUUUGAUCCAGAUAGCAAUCCUAAACUUCCAUCAAUUCCGAUGUCACCACAUGCUAUGCACGAAGGGGGAAACCCCAAGGCAGCUAUGUUACUGCAACCAGCACGUCAGAUUCGACAAAAUCCAAAUCUAAGUAGGACUAAAACUCUCAUAGCUGAAAACUUAGAUCCUCUGAGACAUGGCAUCAGCUCACACGAAGAUGGUGGUUACUCAACGGAUAAGCCACGCCAUGUUCAUAUACUGGAAUCACCAAAUGAUUUAACUCAGUUAUCUCAGUUAAAUCCAGCCGAUUCCAUAUACGGGGUGGCUUUGAUUGCUGCAGUAGGAGCUGCACUUACUAUGGCUAUAUUUGGAUUCGCAUUCGGAUGGUAUACGUUAUCUAAAAAAGCAAAGGCAGCAGCUGAUGUUGAUUAUCCUGCUUAUGGUGUAACUGGACCCACUAUGGACACCUCGGGCGACAGGAAACUGGCUCAUUCGGCGCACAUGUACCAUUAUCAACACCAGAAACAACAGAUCAUUGCCAUGGAAAGGAAUGGUUUGGAACAACGCAAUGGUUCCGUCUCUGACCCCGAGUCCGAAGAGGAAAACGAAGAGGGAGACUACACUGUUUACGAAUGCCCAGGAUUCGCCACGACUGGUGACAUGGAAGUAAAGAACCCCAUGUUUUCUGAAGAUCCGACUCCACCAACACCUGGCAAAUGCGAAGUGGUAAAGCCCCAACCCAAGAACUAAGUUCUGCCAUCCCAAUGAUCACCGCCACCUGCUAUCCGGAACAGACACCUAACGACUUAAGCGUUAUCUUCAAGUUCUAUAAUGUCGUAUCAAUAUUAUAGAUUAUAAAAUCGUAAUCAUUACAAUUAGUAGUAUCAGUAAAAUAUCCGUAGAUUCAAAAUUUGGAAGCUGUUAUUGUAUUAGGUAAAUAUAAUUGUUUAAAUAUUGUUCACACGUAGAUAAAUAAAAUGCUAACUACUGCAGAAUAUUGAAAUUAUAACUCAUUAUCGAUAUAUUAGGUAUCGCAUUUUAUUCAAUAUAUACACAUACUCGAUUUUAUUAUAGCUGAUUAAGAAUUGCAAAUUCAUAGGACGACGAAUUAAUAUAGUGCCUGACAGAUUGUAACGAACGUGAAAUAACAUCAUCGUAGUGUAGCUCAGUUAUUAAAAGGUAGAUAGAAUGUUAAAAUGUCCGAUAAUGAAAUAUUGAAAGCAUCAUCGUAGGACUGUUGAAUGAAAAUCAACAGGUGGCUGGCACAGGUGUUGCGGCAAUGCAUCGCCAGGUUCUAUUUGUAGCGUUAAUUAUUGUGUAUAAUUACUUGGAACCAUUAUUAAACUCAAAUUAUUUACUAGCACUCUAAAUAUUUUAGAAUGUAGGUAGGUAGGUACUUACCUGAUUAUCUGUGCAAAUAUAUUGUAUUCGUAACUGCUCAAACAUAAAGGGUAAAUAUAUUAUAAAAUAUGAGUAUACUAGGCCAUAUACUUAUUAUGUUGAUUUAUCUUUCACACUAUUGAUUGAAAGCAUGUCACAAUAAUUAUAUACUGAACUAAUUAAUGAUUCACCGCUAUAAAACACAAUUAUAUUCCAUUCAGGUGUUUAUUAUCUACACGACAUGUUUUUAUUCUUGAAAUCUUUAAUAUAGAAUAUCGUAUCAUAAAAUAUAUUUAAAAAAUGGAACUGUUAUAUAAUUCCAGGCCUAGAGUAUCAUCGACUUUUGAAACCUUUGACUUGUGAUAAUGUAAUUGAUUUCAUUCUUGUUAAAAAAUAUGAUAAUCUAAAUAAGUCUAAAUAUUAUUUACAAUAUUAGGUAUAUUAGCCUAAAUAAUGUAUAAUCAAGCAUUUUAUUAUUAUAAUCUGAAAUUAACCAAUGAUAUAUCUUAAAAAGUAUUAUGUACCUAAAAAUGACCACUGAUUGUUUAUAUAAGUAUUUAGUAUUUAUUACGAAUUUAGUGUAGGUAUACCUACCAAUUAACUCCGUAAAAGUAGCAAAAGAUUCCAUGUCUUGAAUUUUAGAUAAGUCAUGUGAAGGGCUACGGGAAAAACAUAAGAGGCAGGCGUGGUGCAGUGUGAUAGAAUAUUUUUUUGUGUAUGACGAUGAAAUAGCCGCCUAUGCAAAUUAAUGACGGUGCUUCAGUUAAUGAGUUCAAUAAUGAAAAUUAACUCAGAUCACAUUUCGAUUAAUCCAUUAGAAAUUAACAACCCAAACAAGACUUUCCAUAUAUUGCUUGUUAUCUUUAUAGCAAUUCAGUCUAUUACCCGCAUACGCCAUUAAUAAGAAAUAGGGUAAAAUUAUAUAGCUACGAACAUCCGCUACACCCUUCUCACGGUCUACAAUAA